AUGCGCUCAACAUGCCGAACACGGGCAAACCCAGUGCAGGAUGCCAUCUCUGUCUGCGACUUGACCCGCCCGGCCUGCAAGCGCUGCGUCAAAUAUGGCAUGGACUGUCCCGGCUACCGCGAUACCCUGGACUUGAUGUUCCGCAAUAGGGGCGUGGGCGAUGUGAAGAAACUCGUCAAGCGCCGCCAGAAGGUAACCUCGCCAUGGACCCAGUCCGAGAGCCCGCGGGUGGUGGCCAGCUCUCUGAGCCCGAAUCCGAGCUCUGUCGCAAGUCGCCCUUCUAUUGCACUCAUUCUGGAUUGCUACUCGGUCCCGGUAAAUGGCCAGCGCCUUUUUGGUCAUGUUGAUUUUCUGCCCGUCUUGCUCUCGGAGGCGGAUGAGGGUUCGUGUUUGCUCUAUGCGACAGACACCCUGGCGGGCGCCUACAUUGCCAACCAGACAGACUCGCUCCCGGAGCGGGAGAAAGCAUCUAGGACAUAUGGGCGCGCUCUGGAAGCCGUCCGGGCUGCUCUUAUGAGCCCUACCGAGAGUGCCAAGGACGAGAUCGUCGUGUCUGUUUGGGCCUUGGCUGCCUAUGAGGUCUGUAUUGCCAUAUUCAAUUAA